CACUAUCCAACCAAUUUAUCGAAAUGGCCACAAGCGAAGCCUCAUACAUAGACUAUGACACCUUCCUCGACCCGGACUUCAGCGCCUCAUCAUUUGCAAACACCCUAGUCACAAACACCAACAACAUCAACGACACGCAAGUCGAUCUCUCCACCCCUCUGUCCCGGGUAUUAUUCGAUGUCCAAGAGAUAGAUACCCACAUCCACAACCUAACCACCAAAUCCGCCCUGCCACUUCUGGAACAUACCAAGGACCGGUCACAGUCCAGUCAACGAAUUCUGACUCAAGUUGAGGAACAGGUCUCGUCUCUCGCGGAUGGGUAUCAGCGUCUAGAGAAAGAAGUGUUACGCAAAUGGACCAGUGCCGAAGAAGCGAGGAUCGCAGCUCAGAAUUCCUUGCAGACUUUGCGGCUGGCUAGGGCAGUUGCGCGCUGUAUCACUCUGGGAAGACAGUUGGAGGGUCAGAUUGCUGAAGUUACUGGUCGUAGUACUACUGGGCAAAAAGAUGAUCAUCGCGCAAUGGUUAGGGCGGCUGGGACAAUUCUCAUGCUGAGACAGAUGUUUUCUGCGAUUGGUGAAGGGGAGGAAGGGCAGGGAUUGGAUAGGGUGAAGGUUAUUCGGACGUUGAGAAGUGAUUUGGUCAUUCCAGCGGAGAAUACUACCAAGGCUCGAGCGCAGCAAGUUAUUAAUCGGUUUUCGAUUUCGUCGUUGAUGGUUGAUGGUACACGCGCGAGCAACGGUAGCCAGUCGCCUCCACCAGCGGCGGGAGUACCAUCGACAUAUGCGCAAACGGAAGAAGCAAAAUCAAGACUCUUCUCUGCCAUUACGACACUUUACCUCCUCUCACCAACACCAAAAACCGGCGUGAGCGCAGAGGACUUUCAGCCAGAACUUCUUCUGUCUACUUUGCAAGGAUAUAUCCAUAAUUCAUUAACAUCGUCCCUGUCCUCUCUUGCACGCGGGCUCGCUUCAUUACCAACCCUAGAUCGCGCUCUGUUAGAAGUCUCCGGCCGCUGUCAAGACAUAGGCGCCUUAGAAACACUCCUCGCAAGUCUUAAACGUCCAUCCCACCCGUUACUACUACCAUCGACAAACCAAGCUGCAGACAAGAACAAUUCAAAUCUUUUGAAACCGUUACUUUCCGUUCUUGAUACCUCGUCCCUGCCAUCGUAUUACUGGCGCUCGUUGGCAUCUGCGCUACCAGCUCGAGUACAAGAGAUUAUGAGCCGGGGUGGUGCGGCAGCAAGAAGUUUGAAGUCUAGUCGGGAUAGAUUACGGAGUGAUUUGAGAGAGUGCGUAUUACGGGGGUCUCAGUUACCUUCUAACGUUGCCAAGGGGAGGGUUAUUAAUCCUGCGAGUGGUAAUGGAGCGGUUGUGGAAGGGAAUUGGGAACGAGAGGCUGCGGUUAUGGUUAGUUCGGUAAUGGGUGCAUUGGGGAGAUGA